AUGUGUCGCAAGAAGGUCAUGGGGCUCCUGAGUGGCUCCUGCGCCUCAUGGGCAACAAGGAUGAUGUCAUCAAGGGGCUUGCAAAGCAGUGCAACGAGAACUUGCCUGAGCCAUGAUGAGAAGAUCCUCUCACGCUCGCACUCAAACUACCUUGCGCAGAUUCCAAUUGAGAUCACUGACAUAAGCAACCAGAUCAACGGCGUGCUCUCCAAGCUCACUGCCCUCGGCACUGUCCUCAUCCCCACGAACCUCGUCACCGGUGCAUCCCACUCUCACUCUCACUCUCACUCUCAUCAAGUCGUCGCACCCUGA